GUGGCGACGGGCAGAGAGAAAUAUAGACAUGUUACAGUCACAAUGUCAAAAGAGUUAGUUGCACACAUUUGUCCUGCGAGUGUCGGCGAGUGCUGUUCCAGCGGUUCUUUAAUCCUGUAUGUAAAUGACAGCCAAUAGAUGCUGUUGUUGAGUUGGGCUGGGAUUAGCGGAGGCGAAUGACUUUCAAUUUUACUGGAUUACAGAACAAAGAAAGGGGAAAGGGGACACACUCCUCUGUUAAAGAAAACAGAAAGAAAACGGGGCAAAUUGAUCAAAUAAAUCACGCCGAUUUCAUUUCGGCGGACUGCAGACCCUUCGAGAUUAUGACAUUUGAGAAAGUCGCUAUCGCCUUUCUUUAGAUGGGAAUUCGGCUCUCACUACUGUUGGAUUAAACGGAGAAUAAACCUAUUCCGGGAUUGACAGCAUAAGAAGAAUGGCACAGAUACGGAAGCUGGGCUGUGACGGCAUGAGGACCAACUCUAGGCCAGAGCUCAAAGUUCCCCAAGUAUCAGCCAGACAAGAGAUCCUCACCAGCCUAGUGUCUGCCCUGGACUCUGUGUGCUCUGCCAUGUCUAAACUGAACGCUGAGGUGGCCUGCGUCACUGUGCACGAAGACAGCGUGAUCGCUGUGGGAACAGAGAAGGGAAGAAUCUUCCUAAACUCCAGAAAGGAAAUACAGACGGACUUUCACAAGUUCUGCAAAGUGUCCUGUCUGCAAGCGUUGACCUCCAUGAACUCCCACGCCAAAGUUCCUGAAGUGGACUGCAGCAGGACUGGAAAAGACUGCGGGCAGCCGGGCAGACAGAGAGCCUUAACAGACACUCAUUCCAACAUCUUCGUCCUGAGGAAGAUGGUGGAGGAGGUGUUCAGCGUGCUUUAUAGUGAGGCUGUUGGGAAAAGCAGCCUGGUCCCUGUGCCUUAUGACUGGAUUCUCAAGGAUCCCAGCUCAGUGGUUGUCUACGGCCUGCCUGAUGGUGUAACUCUGAGAAAGCCGUCGGAAUACGACACCAAGACCUUAAUGAAGAUCUUAGAGCAGAGCAACCGCAUCCGCUUCAUAGUCAAAAGUAGAACCCCAGAGGAACCCUCUCGGGAUGCCAAAUCCUGUCCGGAAGUCAACCAUCACUCUUCGACCUCAAAGAGCGUAAGCAACCACGCCUCUGUCAAACCCUGCGUGCAGGAAGCGUCUGCUAGCAACUCCAUGCUCUCCAGCUUCCUGUAUGGCAUGCCCAUGUCCUCCCAGCCCCACCCAGACAGCAAGCUGGACCUGAAGCCCACAUCACUGCACAGCAUAGGUAAAGAGCGGCUGGGCAUGUGGGCGUCCGCUGAUGAGAAAGCGGUUCAGGCCAAGGAAUGUGCUGACAAUGGCGAGCGAAUAGGGCUGGCAGCGGAUCUUACCCAGAGCCCUCCCAGCAUCCAUGUCUCCAAGCGCCUUCUGUUCUCCAUAGUGCAUGAAAAAUCAGAAAAAUGGGAUUCGUUCAUCAGGGAGACUGAGGAUAUCAACACCCUUCGAGAAUGUGUUCAGAUCCUCUUCAACAGUAGAUAUGCUGAAGCGUUAGGCCUGGAUCACAUGGUUCCUGUGCCGUACCGGAAAAUCGCCUGUGAUCCGGAGGCGGUAGAGAUCAUUGGAAUUCCAGACAAGAUUCCCUUCAAGAGACCAUGCACUUACGGUGUGCCUAAACUCAAACGAAUCCUGGAAGAAAGGCACGCGGUCCGCUUUGUCGUCAAAAGAAUGUUUGAUGAGCGUAUUUUUACCGCUGCUGGUAAAAUAGCUAAGGAGGAGGGCAAACAGGAUGGCGCCGCCCCUGAGGAUGGGUUUCCAGAUGGGCUCAGGGUGCCAAGCUCUUCUCUAGAGCUGGUCAGCAACACUCACAGUAGCAGAUCAACAAGCUCGUGUGUCAGUCCUUUGGCUGAAUGUGAAGCAGGGCCAUCUGGGGACUGUCUGCCUUUGAAAAAGAUCAAAACCGAACCCCCAGAUGGUGAAAUUAUCCAGGUGACAGUGCCAGAGUCCAGUGCUUCUACAGAAGAGCCAAGUGAGCCUCAGGCGGAGCGCUUGACCCCUGACCUUUGUCUUUCCAAGGAGCCUGUAGCAGAAGAUUUAGCGCCGAAGUCUACAACACAAGGGCUCAAGAGAGCCGUUGAAGAAGACAUCGGAGAGAUGAUCCUUCAGCUGCGAAAGCAAGUCGAGAGCCUGUUCAGCUCCAAGUACAGUGAGGCUCUUGGUCUGCCUGAACCGGCUAAAGUGCCAUAUUCCAAGUUCCAGAUGUAUCCAGAUGACCUGUAUGUCACAGGGCUACCAGAAGGGAUGAGUUUUCGAAGGCCAAACUGUUUUGGAGCGGCGAAACUCCGGAAGAUUCUUGCCGCCAGUAGUCAGAUUACGUUUAUUAUAAAGAGGCCAGAAUUGUUGACAGAACAGGUUAAACACGAGAGUGUCUCUAAGACAACCUCUGAUUCAGCAGAGACUGACUCCAAAGAUCAAUCAGAUGACCCGGGACCUGCCUCCAAAAGACCAGGAUUCUCAGACAGUUUAGAGGCCAAGCUCUCCCGUAUCGACUUGGCGAACACUCUGCGAGAGCAGGUCCAAGACCUGUUCAACAGGAAAUACGGCGAGGCACUGGGCAUUAAGUAUCCUGUGCAAGUGCCUUACAAGAGGAUCAAGAGUAACCCUGGCUCAGUGAUUAUCGAGGGCUUGCCCCCUGGCAUCCCCUUCAGAAAACCCUGUACCUUCGGCUCACAGAAUCUGGAGAGGAUAUUAGCGGUGGCAGACAAGAUCUCUUUCAGCAUUACAAGGCCUUUCCAAGGGCUUAUUCCCAAGCCAGCACCGCGAAGAAUAACCAUACUAAAGAAAGGUUACACCCCAAUAAGUGAAGAAGACGAGGUCAACCGGAUGGGAGAAAAAGUGAUAUUAAGGGAACAAGUUAAGGAGCUGUUCAAUAAGAAAUAUGGUGAAGCUUUGGGUCUGGACCGCUCGGUCAUCGUUCCGUACAAGUUAAUCCGUGCCAAUCCAGGCUCACUGGAAGUGAGUGGACUUCCCGAUGAGAUUCCCUUCAGGAAUCCUAACACUUACGACAUAGUUCGGCUGGAAAAAAUCCUGCAGGCCCAAGAUGAAAUAACUUUCAAUAUCAAAACCCCUUUACAGCCUUUUACGGAGUUAUGCACUCAGUCUUGUAAUAAAGAAGGUAAAGAAGUGUCUACGAAUCGACGCAAGCGUAAACGAGUACUUGACAGCAGUCAGGCAUCCGUGCCCACCGGAGCAGACUCAGCACUGUCGACCAAUCAGAUACCUGUCAUGCAAUGGCCCAUGUACAUGGUGGACUAUAGCGGAGUGAAUGUUCAAGUUCCUGGGAAAGUCAAAUAUUAAUGAACUUUCUGAUGGCAUACGAAAGACUUCCACCGUUUUUUUUAAACCUGACGUUUCUGAAUGCUAAGUUCAGCUUUCUUCGGAGCUGUGGCAGAUCCCGCGGCUCACACGUGGAGACGGCCGUGUGUUCUGGCAGGUGCUGGAGAGCGUGGACCGCUGGACGCAGUUGUUUCUGAAUGAAGUGCUAAUGAUGGGGGAAGCAGCGGGAAAUCGAUCUGCCAGCGCUUUAGUACUUAGAGGAAUAGUACUCGCCCUCGUGUCAGUCCAAAACGAAAGCUUUUUAUUUAUUUGAUUUUACUUUUUCCGUUUUUUUGCUAAAUGCUGUGUGAAGAUUUGUCGGAUAUUUAAAGCAAUACUUCAUCCAAAAAUGCCGAAAAUGCACCUCAGGCCACCCAAGAUUACAGAUAGGCUUAUUUCUUCAUUAAUACAAAUUCAGAUAAACAGAUAAUCCUCUGCAGAGAAUGGGUGCUGUCAUAAUGAGAGUCUUAACGGCUGAUAAAAACGCCACAGUGAACUCCAAGUAGUGUAGUAAAGUAGGCUGAGCCUGCUUUUCACUUCACAAGACGUUAUUUGAUACACUGGAGUUUACCGUGAUGUUUUUAUCAGCUCUUUGGAUUUCCUUUCCGACGGCACCCAUUCGCUGCAGUGGAUCCGCUCAUGCUAAAUUUAUCCGCUUUAUCUGUUUUGCCCAGAAACAAACUCGUCUGCAUCUCGGAUGGCCUGAGGUUGAGUGCAUUUCCAGUACGUUUCGAUCUUUGGGAGAACUAUUCCUUUAAGAAGAGCAACAGAACACAGGCUCGGAGACAUGAGGGGGAGAUUGAGAUUGUUUGUAAAAGGAGUAGCCGUUAUUUGCGUAUCAGAUGAACUAUAUUGCUUUGCCACCAGGAUUUGAUAUAGCAGAUCCUGGACACAAUCAUGGUUAAAUAACCAUCUCAUAAAGAGCAGUCAGAAGGAGAUUUGGGAUUAGUUUUUUUCCCCCCAAAUACGUCUAAUCACUGUUGGGAUACACAGCCUUGUUUUUUUGGCCGAGAGCUCGUACGGUAUGUGCAUACCGGAUACGAGUCCUGUAGUUAUCUGGCUCUCAUGCCUUGCAAAUGUUUGUAUUGUUAUUUAUUUAUUUAUUUAAAUAAAAAAAAAAAGACUUGUAUAUGCAGGGAAUGUAAUCUACCACAUUUAGUACAGAGCAUAAAGUACUGAAUGACACGACUAAUGAUGCUAAGCUAGCUACUGUAUGUAUUCAGAAAGAAACAUCCGCUUCAGGUUUCAGUAUGUCAAGUUGGAAAAACCUAACAUGAUAGCACUAACUUGUAUUCAACCGAGAGACUUUUUGUAUUAUUUUAGCUUUGUAAGUUACUCUUAAGUUCGUUAAAGUAAGGCAAAGUGAGAUAUACGACGGAGGAAACAUCAUGAAUGUAUUGUUUGUAAAAGGAAAGAAUGCUAUAACGUUAUUAUGUAAUGACUGUCUCUGGAAUCGCCAGUAUUUAUAUGCUGUACCUUAAUGCCAUUUAGGCCUUUCAAAUAAAAUGUGUUGCCUUG